AUGGCUAAGCUGGGUGUCACCUACAUCAUACGGCGGAGAUAUCAAAGGGAAGGGAAGCCCUGCUGGAGAAACUUACAGCAGCUAUACUCAAAGAUAUCGAACGACUCUCAAGAGGCACUGAAGCGGAAGUUUGGAAAACCAUACCUUAAGAGCACAAAGCGUCGGAAUAAUUUCAAUGAUCCAUCACCCUUCUUCUUCUUCACGAGGCUUGACGAUUUGUUUCGGCAUUUCGGAUUGGGUAUAAUCCGCAUGAUUGUUUUUCCGCGCCGUGCCAUCAUGCAUGAUGAUAUCAAGAAGUCAGUCAAAUCCGACGAUGUUCUGAAGUUUGUUCAACAAUAG